CCGACGCUGCGGCCUAACGAUGGAUCUGCAGCAUUUCGUGCUGCAUCUUUUGUUGUUCGGGGCCACCCAGGGGUCCGGGACCGGGGUCACGCGGGCAUCAUCUGGUGUGGCUAUUUGCUCAUGUGAUCUGUCACCCGGGAACUGUGACCUUAACUGCUGCUGUGACCCAGACUGCAACUUAAAUGACCCUACAAGUGUCUUCUCGUUUUGUCUUCCAGGGAGCACAAAGGCACAGUUUCGUGUGUGUCUGUACAACUGGCUGAUGUUUCGCAGUGAUACACCAUAUCCCACAGAACAAAUACCUUCCUCCUCUCCCAGGUCACCGGAACUGUUUUGCAUUCUUCCAACUCAAUCCUCCCUCAAUUACUUUGUUACCCCUCAGACAGUAAAUCAAACAACUUUCCUAUCUUUGAGUUCUAAAUACAGUGGAGCAUCUUUCUCUUCGGCUUCUGAGAAUAUUCCAACCUUCUCCAGCUUCUACAAGGCAGGUGACACUAUCUUGACCAUCUCGCGAUUUGGCGAUCUAGGAGUGCUGAGACAGCCGGCGCCUGUAGGGGGGCAGAGUCUGUGCUCAGACGCCAACCCUGCAAGAUUCUUGUACAGUUACGAUACUUCAUGUGUGCGACUGAUCAGCAAUCUCAGCGAGAGCUGCACAACAGACCCUUCCUUGGGCGCUCACUUUUAUUACCAGUACAUCAGAAUCUUAAAGGUUCCGACAGAUGCUACUGUUUUGGUCCUGAGAAAUGCCACAGUGCCAAUAGACAGCACUGUAAACAACAGCCCGACAUAUAACACCGACACCUGCGAAAAUGUUGUCUCUAAAGUUCUGUACACUGUGCUUUAUAAUGGGGCACAGGGCAUUACAAAUGUGAGCGUCAGUUUCACCCUUGUUAAUUUGACCAGCACCAGCCUCUCUAUACAGCAGACCUUCCGCCUGCUAUACAAGCCAGUGUCAUCGGCUUCUCUGGUUCCUGCCACAACCAGAAGCGGAAACCCAGGAUACCUUGUGGGAUACCCUGUGCUGACAGAAAAUGGACCUCUGACUAUGCUGAGGACUCUGGGGAAUGGUUCAUGUUCUCGAAGCGCAGUGCAGUUUGGUAUGAACACCCUCGGUGGCUGCACUAUCAGGGGCCAUACCUCCGAGUUAUGCAGUAACCUUAGUACUAGAGCAUAUGAACUUCUGACCGGAGACUCCCCACAGAGAUUAGGUGUCUUUGGUAAUGCCAGUGUUGCACUAGAAGGGGACUGGACAACCAUUAUAUACAAGAACUGCAGCCAACAGGGUUCAGGUAACUGCUCCACCAGCUGUCUCCUGCCGGUCUCCCUACAAAUGCAGAUCCUAAAGGCUGACGUAGGUCUUUUCUCUAACCCUCAGUCACAGGUGCUGGGCGCCCGCUUCGUCUACAGCUGCCGACCUGUCCGGUGCCAGGACGUCACCAUUCUGCAGACUCAAGUCUCAUUCACAGAUCUCACAAGGAGGGGACCAGCCCCUCGUUCAGCUCCCACUGUCACCGGCAGAGCACCAGUCGGCUUCUUCAAUGCUUUCCUAUCAAACACAGCUAGCAGAGCGUCUGCUGCAUCCCUCCUCCUCCUGUCUCUGCUGCCCUGGACCUGCUUACUGAGCACUUAAAGGGACAUGAAACCCAAAAUGUUAUUUCGAUGAUUCAGACAGAACCUACAAUCUUAAACAACUUUCCAAUUUACUUCUAUUAUCAAAUUUGCUUUAUUCUCUUGUUAUCCUUUGUUGAAGGUGCACCAUUAUACUACUGAAAGCUAACUGAACAGAUCAGAUGGUCCAAUGACAAGCGAAGUAUAUGUGCAGCCACCAAUCACCAGUGACCGCCCAAUAGUAAAUUGCUUCUCCUGAGCAUACCUAGGUAUGUUUUUCAACAAAGGAUACCAAGAGAAUGAAGCAAAUUAUGUAAUAGAAGUAAAUUGGAAAGUUGUUUAAAAAUGUAUGUUCUAUUUGAAUAAUGAUAUAACCACAUAUGGACCUUAAAGAGACACAAAACAAUAGUUUUUUUUUCUUUGUUAAAGACAAUCGAUGCCGUAAUCUGUGGUCAGAAGUAAAAAAGCAAAAUCAUUAUUUUCACCUCUUUAAAGAAAUGACCGAACAAAAACAUUUUUUUUUUUUAAGAUGUACAGAACUUUCUCAGGGUUGUACAUUGUUGUGCGCAAUUUAGAAACGUACUGACAAUUAACCCCUUAGGUUGCAACACAUUACUUUGUAAAUACAUAGCAGCCCUGUCUAGCUGCCUAAGGGUUAAUCAUUUAUUUGGGAGACUCGAGUCCCUUUACAAUACGCGUCUGGCUCUUUUAUAGCAAGUGGUUACUACACCACCGCCCAUCCAGUAUGUAUAAAAUAAUAUACGGUGUGAUCUUGUGCACUUACAUGUUGUGCACGACUUGUCCUGGAGUGAUGCACUUUGUAUUACACAGAUGCAAAAGGAUCAUUUAACUUCUCAGGUUUUGCUGCUUUUUGUUAACAAAAAAAGGUGAUUUUUCUAUUUUGCAGAGAGUAUUUUUGUAUGUUAUUUAAUUAAACAUGUACAGUGUUAUUAAAAGGAAUAAAACAAA